AUGCGCAUUCCACUCCUCCUUGCAUCCCUCGUUGCCCUCUCCGGCGCGACCCGCCCGCCGAAUAAGUCAUGCAAAGCGCAUCCCAGCAACGCAGACUGGCCCUCGGCAGACGACUGGGCGCGUCUGAACAAGGCGCUCGACGGCCGGCUCAUCAAACCCACGCCACCCGCCGCAGCCUGUCACCCCGGACAGCCCGGGCACGGCCCGAAGCGUUGUGCCGAAGUGAAGAAGGCGUGGGAGACGACUGAGUUUCACUGCGGAAACCCCGUGUCGGUGUUGCUCGACCAGUUCACCAACUACACCUGCCUACCCGACGCAGCGUACCCUUGCACUGGCGAUGGGUAUCCCGCGUACGUGAUUAACGCGACGACGGCUAGGCACAUUAAGCUCGGUGUCGACUUUGCCCGGCAGAAGAAUGUCAGACUGGUCGUCAAAGGCACCGGGCACGACUACCUCGGCCGCUCAGUUGCUCCCGGCGCCCUGUCCAUCUGGACGCAUAACCUCAAAGAUAUCACCUACCACCCGGGCAAGUUCAGGCUUUCUGGCUCCAAGAAAGAGAUCCGCGGCAAUGCCAUAACCCUUGGCGCUGGUGUACAGAUGUAUGAGGCGUACGCCGCGGCCGACAAGCACAAGCAGGCCGUCGUGGGCGGUCACGGCACCACCGUGGGCAUCGUCGGGUACAUCACCGGCGCCGGACACUCUCCGCUCGGGCCGCGGUAUGGCAUGGCCGCCGACAACGUCUUGGAGAUGGUCGUCGUUACGCCCGGGGGCAAGAUUGUCGCGGUCAACGAGGACCAGAAUCGGGACCUCUUCUGGGCCAUGAGAGGCGGCGGAGGCUCGACGUUUGGUGUCGUCGUUUCGGUGACGCUCAGGACGCAUCCCACUCCGCAAGUCACCGGCGCGGGGUUCAUCGCCUUCACCGAUCCGAAGCACCAUACUAUCAAGGACGAGCUGCUCGCCUACCUCUCCUCGCAGGUGCCGGUGCUCAUGGACAAGGGCCUAUCGGGCUACGUCUUCUUGUCCGCCGGCAUGUCGCUGCCCGAUGGCACCACAGUGCCAGGGGUGCCCCCUACCUUCGCCGGCGCGUUCGGCACGGUAUUGGUUCAGGACGCUGCCGAUCGGGAGGCAGCCAUAAUGAGAGCCUUCAAGCCGCUCAACGACACCAUCCAGGAGCGCUGGCCCGGCAAGGUGAAUCUGAUUGUCCUUCCCAAGCACUACAACACGUUUUGGGAGUGGCACAAGGAGAACCACGAUGCGGGCCGUGGAGGUGGCAGCACCUAUGUCGCGUCGAGGAUGUUGGCGGGCGACGAGCUAAAGGGCAACAACACAAAAUUCAUGUCUGCCCUGAAAGAGGUGUUCAAGGCUAAUGAACGCUUCGAUAUCUUCAUGGUCGGCGGCAAGGGCGUGGCCAAUGCACGACCAAGAGGCGGCAGCGACGCCGUCAACCCGGCAUGGCGCAAGGCUGCCGUCAUGGGGAUGUCGCGUGUCUUCUUCCCGCCUUUUAACAAGACUGCCGAGAAGGAUGCCAUCAAGCUCAUGAACGAUGCGUUUGAGCCUAUGCGGCAGCUGGACAGACGGUCGGGCUCGUACAUGAACGAGGCUUUCGUCUUCGAAAAGAACUGGCAGCAGUCGUUUUGGGGCGACAAUUACCCGAGGCUGUUGAAGAUCAAGCGGGCGGUCGAUCCGGCUAAUGUCCUGUGGUGUCAAACGUGCGUCGGCAGCGAGGGCUGGGCGCAGAAACAAGAUGGCCAGCUCUGUAGGGUGGACGGAAGAGAUUAG